AUCUUUAUCCAAGCUACUAUUACAAAAACAGGCAAACUAAUGGCUCGGUAACAAUCAGAUACAAUUUAUUCGCGGGAGUGCCAGUUUUAUUUCACACUCUGACCGUAACGGACGGUGUGAGGAUGGUGCAAGUGAAAGUGAAUGAGGGCGUGCUGGAGGGAGAGCGAGUGGACAACCCCUACGGAGGUUCCUUCUACAGCUUCAAGGGAAUACCGUACGCGCAGCCGCCAGUCGGGGAUCUGCGGUUCAAGGCACCGCUACCUCCAAAGUCAUGGGAUGGAGUUCGCUCCGCCAAAGAAUUCGGCCCAAGAUCUUUUCAAAAUGACAUAUUAAUGAAGACCGGACUAGUUGGCGAUGAAGACUGCCUGUACCUAAACGUAUACACACCUGAGAUCAAACCUGACAAACCUCUACCAGUGAUGUUCUGGAUACAUGGAGGUGGUUUCUACUGCGGCAGUGGUGACGAUGACCUUUAUGGUCCAGAGUUCCUUGUCAGACAUGAUGUCAUCCUUGUCACUAUCAACUACAGAGUAGAUGUGCUCGGCUUUCUUUGUUUGGACACAGAAGAUAUUCCUGGUAACGCAGGCAUGAAAGAUCAGGUACAGGCUCUUAGAUGGGUGAACAAAAAUAUUGCUAGCUUCGGUGGCGACCCCAAAAAUAUAACCAUAUUUGGUGAAAGUGCUGGUGGAAGUAGUGUUAGUUACCACUUAAUAUCACCUAUGUCAAAAGGCUUGUUUAAGAGGGCCAUUGCUCAAAGUGGGGUCUCCACUUGCGCCUGGGCCCAAGCUAUUGAGCCUCGCGAAAGAGCUUUAGCAUUAGCUAGAAGCCUGGGAUGUUAUUCUGAAGAUGAUAAGGAACUGUAUGAAUUUUUCAAAAAUCAACCGAAGGAAUCACUAGUCGGUGUUCAGUGUCCAGUAGCAACUUUCGAGGCAUUCAAGGGUGGAUUAGACAUAUAUUUCAAUGUUGCUAACGAAAAGAAGUUUGGAGAUAAUGAGAGAUUCUUUUAUGGGGACAUGCUUGAUGUGAUAUCAAAUAGUGUUCAUGAAGGAGUUGAGAUCAUGAUGGGUUCGACCACAGAAGAAGGUCUAAUUUCCUUUGCAGACUCGGAAGACAUUAUGAAGACUUUGAAAUUGGCAAAAGUAUAUCCAGAAUACUUUGUUAAUAAAUUGAUAGCCUUUUCUUUACCCUUGAAGCAGCAACUAAAAAUUGGAAAAGAAGUUAGAAAGUUUUACUUCAAUGACCAGAUCAACGUGCCAGAUGAUUGGGAUAAAUUCAUUAAUUUUACUUCGAUGCAGAAUUUCGUAUAUCCUGAAAGGCAGUGGGUGAAGCACUGUGCUCAAGCGAAGAAACACAAGCUGUAUGUGUAUAAGUUUUCUUGUAAAACAGAAAGAAAUUUCAUAGCGAAGAUGAGAGGUAUGACAGAAAUGUUGGGAAAUAGACAAGUUACGUGCCACGCUGAUGAACUACCGUAUCUUUUUAACUUUAAAAUGAUGCCGACAAAGCUAGACACUGCUUCUGAGACAUUCCAACUGAUGGAAAGACUGAUGCAGCUAUGGACAAACUUCGCUAAAUACGGAAACCCAACGCCGGACGAUUCCCUGGGCGCUAAAUGGGCACCGUAUACCUUGGAGAACCAAGAAUACCUGGACAUUGGAAACGAGCUGAAAGCGGGCACCGCGCCUGAUGCUGAGGAAACACAGUUCUGGGAUAGAUUGUACGAAAAAUAUGGACUUUAAAUUUGCAACAGAUUGCAGUGAUCCGCGAGCUAUUAAUUAUUAUUUACGAUUGUAUUACUUGGCUAUUAAUUUUAUAAUAUAACUUACUACGUAAUUU